AUGGCCGAGAUGUUCAACAGUGUUACAGCGCCUAUUCGUCGCAUUAUCAGUCGUGGACUGUCGUUUCCAACGCUCAGUCGGUUUACCAGUUUCAACAGUUCCAACACCGACCAGAGCCCAUUGCCUUCUGCUGGCAAACGCCAGCGUGAAGAGAGCGAAGAUGAGGCUGAGGGACCCUCAAAACGCGUCAAAAUGGACGUCGACAGCUCCUUGUCGCCUGCCAAAGCCCCCAACGGCGAGCACGCAGCGGGCGAGGUGGCAGCCGUCGAGGCGAUCCGUCCAGGCGUAGAGGCGCUCUCUCUCGUCGGAGCGACACCUCCACCGAAUGGGACAGCAUCUGUCCAGUCGAGCCCCGAGUCGUCGCGCCGGACAAAGUACCAGCGCGGUUUACGAGGGACGAGAAAAACUGGGACGAACGACCCGCCAACGCCCUCAAAGCCGCGAUUGGGUCCAAAGCGGCAAUGUGCCAUGCUAAUUGGAUUCUGUGGCACUGGAUAUAGCGGUAUGCAGAUCCAAAAGGAUGCCAAAACCAUCGAAGGCUCGCUGUUCAGCGCGCUUGUCAAGGUUGGAGCAGUCUCUGAAGAUAAUUCGGACGAUGCGACCAAAGUCAAUAUCCAGCGCGCCGCUCGCACGGAUGCUGGGGUGCACGCUGCUCGCAAUGUUGUAUCCAUCAAGAUUAUUAUGGAUGUACCAGGCGUCCCCAACCUUGUCGCUGCAAUCAAUAGUAACCUCCCAGAGGAGAUUCGUGUUUGGGAUAUUGUCCGCACACAAAACUCGUUCAAUUCUCGCACUCGCAAGUACACCUACUUCCUCCCCACAUAUAUGCUACUCCCCCCUGAGCCCACGUCCGUGACCGCGACGGCGCUUCGUGAAAGCUCUGGGGAGGCUUACGAUGUAGCCGAGCAUCCCUUUUGGAAGAGCGUCGCCAAUCAACCCAUCACCCCGGAAUCAACACUCUUUAUGCUGCGCAAGAAGUGGCGCAUAGAUGAGGAUACGCUGAACCGCUUCAAGGCGGCAUUGAAUACGUUCAUUGGUACUCAUAACUUCUGGAACUUUACCGUUGGACGAGAAUACAAGGAGGCUGCUGCAAAACGUCACAUCAAGACGAUCGAGGUGUCUGAACCCGCGAUUUACGGCGAAACAGAGUGGGUCAGUGUUCAGAUCCAUGGCCAGAGCUUCAUGUUGCACCAGCGCAAGAUGAUCGCUUUGGCCACCUUCCUUACACGCUCGCAAGGAGAUGCCUCCCUUGUGCAAAAUCUCUACACCUCUUCCCGCGCACGCAUUCCCAAGGCCCCAGCUUUGGGGCUGUUGCUGGAAGAGCCCGUCUUUGAAUCGUAUAACAAGAAGAUUGAAACGGCUAAUAGUAAAUGGAAAGACGCUGCCGCAUCUGGGAGCAAGGAGCCGGAUGAAGAUGGUGAACAUGCCGCCAACUUCAUCCGCGAACCGGUCGACUUUGGGAAGCACAGGGACGAAAUCGAAGAAUUCAAGAAGAAAUACAUUUACGCGGAGAUGCAGCGUACCGAGGAUGAACAAGGAGUCUUUGACUCUUGGCUUUCUUCCAUCGACAACCAUGAAGCUCGUUUGUACUAUGAGCUUCGAGGCCAGACGGUCCCAUCAGAGCUGAACGUGCCCACCAAGCCAGGCUCGACGAGAUCAGCUGCAAGCAAAUUUGACGACGGUGACGAGAGCGACGAUGCGUUGGGUAAUGGCAAGGUCAACUUGAGGAGCGUCGAGCUCGAAGGUUGA